AUGGUGUUGGUCUCUUGACGCUCUGAUUGCAAAGCACAGCGUGAGAUGUCACUGUAAACAAUCGUUUACAUAUACAUUACUGGCUUUGGAACUUAAUUAAGCAUAUAACAAUGAGUAAGGGUGUGAGUGAUUGCUGGAAUGGUAUCCCUGAGUUGGAUACUGGUCCUGGAUUUUCAAAAAAGGCCAAAGACUCCAAUGACGAUCAGUUAUCAAGCUGUGCAGAUUCAGCUAGCGUUAGGACGCCCAGGAUGCAGACUAUCUUAGAGGAUUAUGAAGUUUUGAACACAGUAGGAACUGGUUCUUAUGGCACAUGUAAGAAGAUCCGCCGAAAGAAAGAUGGAAAAGUGUUUGUCUGGAAGGAGAUGGAUUAUGGUUCUAUGUCUGACACAGAAAAGCAGAUGUUGGUGUCUGAAGUCAAUCUGCUACGCGAACUGAAACACCCCAACAUUGUGCGAUACUAUGACAGGAUUAUCGACAGAAGCAAGACGACCAUUUACAUUGUUAUGGAAUACUGUGAGGGUGGAGAUCUGGCCACCAUUAUAAGUCGAUGUCGCAGAGAUGGGACACAUGUAGAUGAAGCUUUUGUGUGGAAAAUCUUAAUACAGACAACACAAGCACUUCAUGAAUGUCAUCGCCGCAAAGAUGGACGAGCAGUGCUACACAGAGACCUGAAACCUGCUAAUAUAUUUCUUGAUUCCAACAACAAUGUCAAACUGGGAGAUUUUGGCCUUGCAAGAGUCUUACAUCAUGAAACUAGCUUUGCCAAGACCUUUGUGGGAACACCUUACUAUAUGUCUCCUGAGCUGGUGAAUAACCAGUCUUACAAUGAGAAAAGCGACGUUUGGUCACUGGGAUGUAUGCUGUAUGAGUUGUGUGCCCUUCACCCCCCGUUCACAGCACCCAAUCAGAUGGAGUUAAAUAAGAAGAUAAGAUCAGGAGAGUUCUUCAGGAUACCUCUUCGUUAUUCAGCAGAGCUGAACCAAGUGAUCAGUCGUAUGAUUGAGGUUGAGGUUCUCAGAAGACCUAAUAUGAAAGAACUACUAAGUGAUCCGUAUGUGGUUUCAAGGCAAGCCAAAAUGGAGUCGAGUUACUCUACAUCAUCGCUGUCAACCCGGCUAGAAGAGGCACUUAAGGCUGUACAGGCACGUCAAAAACGGAUGGAUUUGAAAGAGAAAGAAUUGGAGGAACGAGAACACAACCUGAUCCUGAAAGAAAAAUUAGCUGACAGCAAAAUGGCAAGAGCUGAAUCUAUGCUGAAAGACGUGAAGCACCAGAAGUCAAGAAUGAAUGUGGAAAACAUCCCAAAGCUAUCUGACAUAAUGUCUCCACGAGUUGGGAUUUCGCCGUCGUUUACAGAUCAUGAUAUAUCCCCUUCCAAGCAACCAUGCCUAAUGAAAGAGAAGCGUGACCCAGAUACCCCAAAGAAACAUGUGACUUUUGAGCAGAAUUACGGGAAGGAAAACCUCGCAGAGGAUCACAACAACCGAAGACCUAAAUACAACAGGGAUGUGUACCUGAAGGAUGUGAUCAGGAAAAAGCCAGAUUUAAUGAUCGCAGACAAUCACUCAAACAUUAGGAAUUUCACAGGAUAUACUGAUAUCUACACCCGAGAAGUGGCCAAGCGACAAGAGCUCAAAGACAGGUUGUACACGGCUAAGCUACGGGCACUAGAAUUACAUUCAGCAGAUGCUCAUCUAUACUCACGAAAUGUAUUAUGGUUUCGAUGAGACAUGGUUUAAUAUAUAAAAAAGAUACAACAUAUGUUAUAUAUCUCUUUGAAAUUUUAUCCUCUAAGAUAUCCAUUCUUCUUGUAUAGUUUGUAAAACAAAAAAAUUCUCUUGUUGGUACGCACAAUGCAACAUAUAAACAACAGGGAGCUUUAGGGCAAAGAAUCAGAGCUCAAAACCCAACUUAAAUUUAGUGCUCCUUCCUCAAGUGCUUGAUUUGACACUGUACAAAUGGAAUAAUAUAAAUUCAUUGAUUAACUUGGGUCAGUCAUUUAAUGUAGGACUUGGAUGAAAGAUGACGUCAGCUUUUCGAGAUAUGGUAGCCAGUACAAAUUUGCACUUGUUUUUGUGUAAGAGUGCAGUUGAUAGCAAAAGAGGAAAGAGUCUCUGUAGCUAAGUGGCAUAGCACAAGAUUCAGGAGCCUCGCAUCAAUGCAGUCACUAUGAGUUCAAGCCCAGCUCACGCUACCUUCCUCUCCAG